AUGGCCACUAUCCUCAGCAAUCUCGAAGCAUACUUGCAAAAAGCUAAUGACGAGCUUCUCCAAAAAACCUUCCAUUUUAAAAAUAAAGCCAACAUCUCAAAAGUACUCUCCCCUAGCGUCACUGUCGGUAGUUAUCCCGUCACAAUUGACCUUUCGGAGAGAUUGGGCGAAAUUCUUGGUCGGUUUCUAGCUACAUACGGAAACCCAAUAAGAGAAUUCCUUGGUGGAAAGUCUCUUCUCCAUUUUGAGACUCCUUUACUUAUUCUCAAGCAGACUGACGAAAGUUUUCAGCUAUUGUUGGGCGCUCGCAUAUACCAUCAUGAGGCUAGGGCGCUUCUCGCUCUUCUGCUGUUUAUCUUCCUUCUCGUCAUUUCUUGGAAGGUUGUUGCGUACUUUCUUUGGAAUUCAUGCGAGGAAAUCAUAGAUUUGUACUCGCACUUAAGCCCUUCGGAGCUUUCUGUUCUGGAGGAGUCUUCUGAUGUCGAUUCUGCGUUCGGUUCUCGCUCACUGGUUUCUCAAGAAGACCUUUAUGAUACGGAUCAAGGAAGCAGGAAGCUUUUUUUGAAAUGCUUUGGAAAGAAGGAUGUCAGGGUUGUGUCUCCCGCUUCAUCUGGAGCUACCGUUGUGGUGGAAGAGAUGGAAAGCACUCUUUUGAAGUCUCGUCCACUUGGACAUGCUAAGAAAAACCAUCUGUUUAUGGUAAGCAAAGAAUAUCUCAUGUUGCUAAUCCCUGGUAUUGACUCCUGGUUGAAACAAAUCCCUUCGAAUUCUUCCACGUCGGAUAUCUUUCUCAGCUUAUCACGCAUCUCUAAUAGCUUAAACAACGAGGCAAAACCUGAAUUUCAUCCACAAGAUCUUCACUUACUCAGGUUUUUCUUGUCCACAGACUACAUUGGAACUAACGACGGUAUUAAGAAUAGGAUUUCAAGCGUGACUUCGCAGAUGACGCAAAACCCAAGAAUCCUUAUUGAUUCAUGGGAAAGUCCGACUUCUGAUGCAGGCACCAGUCUUGAGAUGAUGCUCCUUGCAACCGCAAUUGCCGUGUUUGAUGUAUACAGUGGCUUUAGUCUCAAUCUGAUGAACGAGAUUCUUAGUUCAUUAAUGCGUCUCAGCAGAGAUAACACAAUUGUUUCUUCUUUUGCUGCCGAUUCUUUCUGUGUAAUCAUGGCAUCUUCAUCGGAAAAUCUUUAUGAAAGCCUCUUUAAUUCUGUUUCACAGAGUACUGAUAAUCUUGGCUUGCCACUAUUACUCCGAUCGCUUUCCUUCUACGUGAUGGUUAACAAGCUGCACAUCACUUCUCAGCUUAAGACAGCUCCCACUACAAGCAAACUUCAAUAUCCCGUGAUAAAACUUCUCAUGCAUUCAGUUCCACUUUUCCAAAAAUAUCCGUAUCACUUUCAGGAAAUUUUUCAUAUGGGAGAAAGCAUCACACCUCUUGAUGAGAUGGUGACGCUAUACAAUGUGGUGGUGGAUGCAUUUUUGAAUGAUGAGGUACCACCUCCUAUUCAGCUUGAACUUCUGGAGUUGAUUGUCUCUAAACUUUAUGGAAUUCUCAGAGAGAAAUUCAAGGCUGGAGAAAUAUGUGCGCCGAACAUCAAAGGCAUGGGUGCAAAUUAG